AUCUUAUUCAGAAAACAUUUUUGAAAAAACCUUAGCCUCUCCCCACAAUGCCAGCCUCACUGGCCACACCGUCGCCGGCGACUACUGCCAGCGUCGUACCACAUCGUCGCUCGAGAUCGCUGCUCGCGCCGCGCCGUUCUUCCAUCGCUGUUUGGUUGGAUCACCACCGCGUCGCUUCACUUCCUUCACGGCCACCGUCAUCCGUUCUGUUCAGGUCGAGCACCACCGCACCGCUUCACUCAACCACCACACUUGUUCUGUUCGGUUCAAGGUCACCGUGCUGUGUUUGUCUUCGUUCGCGACCACCGUGCCCUAUUCUCUCUGGCGCAACGCCUCUGGCACGAUCCCCUAUAUCUGGCGCGAUUCAAGUGUCCCUCUAUUCGCUACUUUACCAAGGACAGGCGCCGACGCUCCGAACCAGUUGCUUUGGCAGAAGCCAAAGCUACCAGCAAUGGGAUUCGCUCACAUCGAAAUUCUCGGCCGCCGCCAAUAUUCCGUUUCUGUUACUGCAAAUGCCGCAAAUCAUACUCAAUGCUCGAAACCUUUUAUCCGGAAACAAAACCGCUCUCUCUGCUAUCCCCUGGCUGGGAAUGUUAACUAGUCUGCUUGGGAAUCUGUCUCUACUUUCAUACUUUGCCAAGAAAAGAGAAAAGGAGGCGGUUGUAGUUCAGACAUUGGGUGUGGUUUCAACAUAUGUUGUCCUUGUUCAGCUGGCACUGGCUGAAGCAAUGCCUUUGCCUUACUUUUUGGCUACUUCAGUUGUUGUGAUGUCUGGUCUUGUUCUGAAUUUCUUGAAUUACUUUGGUUUACUAAAUGAUGGAGUCUGGCGCUUUUGGGAAGAUUUCAUUACAAUUGGGGGUCUUUCAGUGCUUCCCCAAAUAAUGUGGUCUACAUUUGUUCCCUAUUUACCUAACAGCAUCUUACCUGGGGCAACUGCCUUUGUGAUUGCUAUCUUGGCUGUUACAUUGGCCAGAACUGGAAAACUUUCUGAGAAAGGUGUUAAAUUCGUUGGAGGAAUAUCUGGAUGGACAGCUACACUACUCUUCAUGUGGAUGCCAGUUUCUCAAUUGUGGACAAAUUAUCUCAAUCCCGAGAACAUGAAAGGCUUGUCAGCUUUUUCGAUGUUGCUUGCCAUGCUUGGAAAUGGGCUUAUGCUUCCACGUGCUCUCUUGAUUCGUGAUUUCAUGUGGUUCACUGGUUCAGCGUGGGCUACCCUUUUUUAUGGAUACGGGAAUAUUGCUUGCCUAUAUUUUUUAAAAAUUAUUAGCAAGGAAUUCUUCCUAUCAGCAACGGCUGGUCUGGUUUCGUGGAUAGGAACGACGUUCUGGAUAGAUAGAUUAGUUCAUGGUGGCUUCCAUACGUGACUUGAUUUGUGGAUCUUGAAGUUGUAGCCGGCUAUGAUACACUGAAGCUUUUCGUCCCGUCGCUGCAACUAAUACGUUAUAAGUAAACUGUUUACACGAAAGAAUGUCUUGUUUAACUUUAUAACGUAUUCCUAUGAAAGUGAGUGUGCAAUCUAGUUUAUUACACGUAGGCCACGACCUUAGUUUUGUUUCUAAAAUUUGAAUUAUCUUGUAUUAUAUUGAAUACAAUGGCUAGGAUAAAUAAAAUAUUUAAUUUAUCAAAA